UGUCAGAUUUUAAUUGGGUCGGAUCCAACAGCCGUAGUGAUGUCCGAUUGUCCUGUUGUUUCGCACUUCCGUUCGACGGAUUUAAUUCAACCUUUGAAGCAGCAACCCGACACAGUGCACUUCAAAGGAUACUUCCAGCUGCGAAAGUUCAAGUCCAAUCCGGACCUGGUAGCCCUGAAAGCGGUGGAGCAGAAUCGGUUCGAUCGGAUUCCAUCGCCCCCAGUUUGUGGCCCAGAGGUGAUGCUGAUGAAGCGGAAGAUGGAAAAAGUUGCUACCGGAAAGGUGAAACCAGAGAAGACACGUUUAUAUGUCCGACCAGUUUCUUUCGAAAUGCCGGGUGACUGCAAACAAAAUCGCAAACGAAAGCACGAAUCAGAAACGGAAGACUCUGAGAUUGGGAUGCUGUGCAAGGAAUUCUCAAACCACAUGUCAAUGAUCAAGUAAUCAAUAAAACGUUG